GGAAGCUAGUAAAGGAGGGAGAGACGAGGAGCAGUAGAGCAGGAGAGAGAGAGUGAGAGCGCAAAAGAGAGAGAGAGAGAGAGAGAAAGAGGGAGAGAGAGUAGAGGUUCUCUGUCUGACUAAACCUGACUGAAGAAAAUGCAUCCCAACUUUGCCGGCACCUGGAAAAUGAAGAGCAGUGAGAAUUUUGAUGAACUUCUGAAAGCCCUGGGCGUGAAUGCCAUGCUGAGAAAGGUGGCCGGAGCGGCUGCUGCCAAACCUCAUGUGGAGAUCCGGCAGGACGGAGAGCAGUUCUACAUCAAGACCUCCACUUCAGUACGCACCACCGAGAUCAACUUCCACAUCGGCCAGGAGUUUGACGAAGAGACCGUGGAUGGCAGGAAGUGUAAGAGUUUGGCCACUUGGGAGACAGAGAACAAGAUUUACUGCAAGCAGACACUGGUGGAUGGCGAUGGGCCCAAGACGUACUGGUCCAGGGAGCUGAAGGGGGAAGAACUUAUACUGACGUUCGGAGCGGACGACGUGGUGUGCACACGGAUCUACGUGCGGGAAUGAUGCUGUAGACCUCACGGCCAGUCCUAAAGCACCAUGCCGAGCUGCAAUACCCCGAAGGGUCCAAAAUCUCCCCCUACAUCAAGCAACUUCCCUUCAGUUUUACUGUGAUGUGGGAUCUGAGCAACAUCUCAAGCUUCUCUUAACUGGCCAGUUGUGCAUGUGCACUUGUGUCCUAACUGUGCUUCUGUGCUAAACAUCCAUCCAGUUUUAAACUUCAUUUGUCCAAUCUUU